GAUCUGAAGCAGGUGAAUCAUUUUGUCUGAGGGGGUAAUCUCAUCUAGGUCACCUGCUGGAUCUUGCUCAGGCCUGAGAGAGCACAUUUCACCCCCUCCCUCCAGGUUCUGAAGGCAGGACCUUUGAUGCUAAAAUCAUCACUUGACUGGAGCCGAAAGCGAUGCGGGAGUGGUUCAGAAUCCAACUGUCUCCCUUCUCUUUAAAGGGAUAUCGGCAGAAGGACUAUUUCAUCGCAACCCAAGGACCUCUUCCGCACACAGUGGAAGACUUCUGGAGGAUGGUCUGGGAGUGGAAAUGCCACACAACUGUGAUGCUAACUGAGGUCCAAGAGAGGGAGCAGGAAAAAUGCUUUCAGUAUUGGCCAGCAGAUGGCUCUGUGACUCACGGAGAGAUCAAUAUUGAAAUAAAGAGCGACACCAUUUCUGAGGCCAUCAGUGUACGAGAUUUCUUGGUGACUUUUAAUCAGGAGAAGAGCAGGCCGGUCAGACAGUUUCACUUUCACGGCUGGCCUGAGAUUGGGAUCCCAGCCGAAGGGAAAGGCAUGAUCGACCUCAUUGCCGCUGUCCAGAAGCAGCAGCAGCAGACGGGCAACCACCCCAUCACCGUGCACUGCAGGUAAGGUUCCUGCUCUGCCAGGCUGCUCUGUGGGGCCGUUAAUUCUCCAGCUAUGGCGAGCAGCUGCCUGCUUUAAGCCCGUGUGGAAGGGGUAUUGAAGUUCAUCCAGCUUCAUGGACCUCUCAGUUUCCACCACUAUAAAAUGGGAGCCCUGCUUACACA